CAAUGAUGAUUAAGUCGUAUUUGAGACAAGGUGAGACAGAAGAGGUCUCCAGCCCUCUGCAGUGGAUGGAUGGUGACAUGAGCUCACCUGAUGGCGAAACAUCAGGCUCCUCACAGCGUUACGGAGCGGCGGGACUGAGCCAACAAGGCAGGGAGCUGGGCAGUGAGGAUGCUGAGGAAGAUGAGGAAGAUGAAGAGGAAGGACAGCAGGAUGAAAAUGGGUCCAAACGACGAGGGUCAAAAAAGAAGAGAAUGACCAAAGCCCGGCAGGAGCGGUUUCGUGCCAGGCGUAUAAAAGCUAACGCCAGAGAGCGCUCGCGUAUGCACGGCCUGAAUGAUGCGCUUGAAAACCUGCGCAGCAUCAUGCCCUGUCACUCCAAAACCCAGAAACUGUCCAAGAUUGAGACCUUACGACUGGCCCGCAAUUAUAUCUGUGCGCUGUCUGAGGCCCUAGAGGGGGGUGUGUCCACGGAGAGCAGGGCCUUCAUGGAGACGCUGUGCAAAGGUCUCUCACAACCCACCACCAACCUGGUGGCCGGCUGCCUGCAGCUGGGCCCAGGUCCCGGUGUGGGACUGAGGCCUGAAGACAGACCCGGGACUCAUGGUCCAGCAGCUCUCAGUGGGGUGGUGAGCUACUCUUCACCAGGCCUGCCAAGCCCUCCUUACGGUAGUUUUGACUCUGCUCACCUCCUUCACUUAAGGGCAAUGAAAGCAGGCGCAUAUGAAAAUCACUCCUCAAAUGAGUACAGUGGCGGCAGUGUCGGAACCCCUCCGUAUGACAGCCCCCCUACACCGCCUCUCAGCAUCAGCAACAACCUGGUACCCAAACCAGAGCUGUCGCCUCACUACCUCCCACCGCAGCAGUACUCCCCCACCCCCGUGGACCAGAAUCAGAACCUGUAUCACAGUCAAAAUGUUUACGACUUGCACUUACAGGGGCCAUAUGACUCCUACCACACACCUCACAUGCCCCCACGACAGAUAACCUCCAUCUACAGGGACUAGAAGAAUCAAGUGGGUCAGCCAUCAAUACUACCCGGAUACACUCUUUGAUCCAAAUGUUGACUGAUUCUUGAUGUCUGCUCUUUGGACUUUAAAAAGGUACAGUGUGUAGGAUUUAGGGGUGUUUAUGUGCAGAAAUGGAAUAUAACAUUCAUAACCAACUGUUCACUAGUGUAUUAGUACCUGCAACA